GACCGUGACCUGAGCCAAAGUCAAGAGUUGGAGGCUCAACCGACUGAGCCACUCCAGGCGCCCCUGAAGUGUGGGUUUUCAAAGAAAUCUUCUUGCCAGCAACUACAUAUUUCGUUUUCCUGUGUGACAGUAAGGCCACCCAGCUCGGCCGUCAGGCUGGACCAGCUUCUCUGCAUUUAGAAAGCCUCUGAAUAACCACCACUGCCUUAACAAUAUCGUGGAGGAAGAAAGGCACAAGUAAACUCUGACUUCAUUCUGGAGAAACUUGACUCAGAGAGUAAUUUACCAAAAUCCACGCAUCUGGGAACUGGCAGGGCCAGGAUUAGCAUCUGGAGCUACCUACUAAAUUUAAUUUAAUUUAAUUUACCUACUAAAUUUAUCGACUUAACAGAAGGAUAAGUUGUCUGAUUAUGAAGUGAUACCUACUUGUGACAAACUGUACAGACAUGAAUGAAUUGAAUGCGAAAAGUCCUUCAGGAUCCCAUCGUUGAGAGAACAGCCUGAGAAACAUUCAGUGUAUGUUGGUCAGACUUUUUUUCUUGCAAAUGCCCGUAUAUAUCAACUACCCACUGAUGAGUAUUGCAAGGAUGGAGUCCUACUUUCUGUUAUUCUACAACUUGCUGCCUCCCCCCCCCCACUUAAUGCUAUAACUGGGACAUCUUCCUAGUUCCGUGCAUAUAGAUACGAAGUGAUCGAGAAGAAACCGUCAGCACCUUCCUUCUAUAGACCAGACAGCAUAUGGAUCAGCCGCUUACAGCGAAUUCUCUGAGAAAGCUAGCUGCCAUGCCUGACCACACGGAUGUUUCCCUCAGCCCGGAAGAGCGAGUCCGUGCCCUGAGCAAGCUUGGUUGUAAUAUCACCAUCACGGAGGACAUCACCCCACGCCGCUACUUUAGAUCCGGAGUAGAGAUGGAAAGGAUGGCUUCGGUGUAUAUGGAAGAAGGAAAUUUGGAAAAUGCCUUUGUCCUUUAUAAUAAAUUUAUAACCUUGUUUGUGGAAAAGCUUCCCAGCCAUCGAGAUUACCAGCAGUGUGCGGUACCUGAAAAACAGGAUAUUAUGAAGAAACUGAAGGAGAUUGCAUUCCCAAGGACAGAUGAAUUGAAAAAGGACCUUUUAAAGAAAUAUAACGUAGAAUACCAAGAAUAUUUGCAAAGCAAAAACAAGUACGACGCCGAGAUUCUCAAGCGACUGGAGCAUCAGAGCCUGAUCGAGGCCGAGAGGAAGCGGGUGGCUCGGAUGCGCCAGCAGCAGCUGGAGUCGGAGCAGUUCCUGUUUUUCGAAGACCAGCUCAAGAAGCAGGAACUGGCCCGCGGGCAGAUGCGCAGCCCGGAGCCCCCCGCGCUGUCCGAGCAGAUCGACGGCAGCGCCGCGUCCUGCCUGUGCCCGCGCCACAGCCCUUCCCUGCUGCACGUCUCCGCGGACCAGCCUGGCAAAAGCGACGCGGCCAAUUCCGCCAGCCACUCGCCCCCCGUCAACAGGGCUCUGAAGCCCGCGGCCACUCUGAGCGCCGUGCAGAAUUUAGUGGUUGAAGGACUGCGCUGUGUAGUUUUAUCCAGAGACCUCUGCCACAAGUUUCUGCUGCUGGCAGAAUCUAAUACAGUGAGAGGAGUAGAAACGUGUGGAAUACUCUGUGGAAAACUGACGCAUAAUGAAUUUACUAUCACCCAUGUGAUUGUGCCAAAGCAGUCUGCGGGGCCGGACUACUGUGACGUGGAGAAUGUAGAAGAAUUAUUCAGUGUUCAGGACCAACACGGCCUCCUCACGCUCGGAUGGAUCCACACACAUCCGACCCAAACUGCGUUCUUGUCCAGUGUUGACCUUCACACUCACUGUUCCUACCAGCUCAUGUUGCCAGAGGCCAUCGCCAUUGUUUGCUCACCGAAGCAUAGAGACACGGGCAUCUUCAGGCUGACCAACGCCGGCAUGCUCGAGGUUUCUGCCUGUAAAAAGAAGGGCUUUCAUCCACACACCAAGGACCCCAGGCUGUUCAGUAUAUGCAAACAUGUGUUGGUAAAAGACAUAAAAAUAACCAUGCUGGAUCUAAGGUGACGUGUUCUGAAGAUUAGUACCGUCAACACCCGACAUCUACCCAUGGACGUGUGGUUGCCGAAUUUUCUUAAGAUGUUUCCUGAAGUGACUGAUAUUUUAUAUUUAUACGUUUUAGAUCAGAAAGUUUGAUAUUUAUUGCUCCUGCACAUUUUGAAGUUCUCUUUUUGAGUUGCCCUGUCUCCGGAGAGGUCACAGUGCUUUUACGUCGGUACCUGUGAAUGUACUCAAAUACCAUGACCAGAUAAUAAAUUGUGCUGCAAACAACAA